AUUUUGAGAAGAGGGGUAAAAAGGAAGUUUGCCCUGUCCUGGAUCAGUUUCUUUGUCACGUAGCCAAGACUGGAGAAACAAUGCACAUUAGCUGGGAGCUGGAUCGGCAGUGGAGCAGCAGCCAGGAUGGUGCACCUAUAUUGGAUGCCAGCGAUGCAGGUGAUGGCUUUACCUGCUAUGCCACAAUGAUUCAGUGGUCCCAAUUUAAAGGCUAUUUUAUUUUCAAACUGGAGAAAGUGAUGGAUGAUUUCAGAACUUCAGCUCCUGAACCAAGAGGUCCUCCCAACCCUAAUGUCGAGUAUAUUCCCUUUGAUGAAAUGAAGGAAAGAAUACUGAAAAUUGUCACUGGAUUUAAUGGUAUCCCUUUUACUAUUCAGCGACUAUGUGAAUUGCUAACAGAUCCAAGAAGAAACUAUACAGGAACAGACAAAUUUCUCAGAGGAGUAGAAAAGAAUGUGAUGGUUGUUAGCUGUGUUUAUCCUUCUUCAGAGAAAACCAGUUCUAAUAGUUUAAAUAGAAUGAAUGGUGUUAUGUUUCCUGGAAAUUCACCAAGCUAUACUGACAGGUCUAAUAUAAAUGGGCCUGGGACGCCCAGGCCACUUAAUCGACCAAAGGUUUCUUUGUCGGUUCCAAUGACAACAAAUGGUUUGCCUGAGAGUCCAGACAGUAAAGAGUCAAACUUACAGCAAAAUGAAGAGAAAAACCACAGUGACUCGCUGGCAUCUGAAUCAGAAGUCUCCUCAGUGAGCCCCAUAAAAAAUAAACACCCAGAUGAAGACGCCGUAGAAGCGGAGGGCCACGAAGUAAAAAGACUCAGGUUUGACAAAGAAGGGGAAGUGAGAGAAGCGGCCGGGCAGACAGCUUCCAGUGAGAGUUCUUCAGUUCUGGCAGAAGACGCAGAAGCCCUGUCUUCACCUCAGGGUAAAGACAAAGAAAGCCACACUGCCAGGCAGCACUGUGCAGAAGACGAGGAAGAAGAGGAGGAAGAGGAGGAAGAAGAGUCUUUUAUGACAUCAAGAGAAAUGAUCCCAGAAAGAAAAAAUCAAGAUAAAGAAUCUGAUGAUGCCUUAACUGUGAAUGAAGAGACUUCUGAGGAAAAUAAUCAAAUGGAGGAUUCCGAUGUGUCUCAAGCGGAGAAAGAUUUACAUUCUGAAGGUAGUGGAAAUACAGGCCCUGUAAGUAAUGGUUCUAACUGCCAUGAAACAGAAGAAUUAGAAGGAUCCAGCUCCAGUGAACCUGGAGAGAUUCUGUCAGAGUCAUCCAUGGAAAAUGAUGAUGAAGCCUCAGAAGUCCCAGAGGAGCCAAUGGAGCAGGACUGACUGUUUAGAAACACAUAGAUGCAGUAUUUUACAUACAGUUCUGGUUUUACACUGUAUAAAACUUUUAUGUGAUAAAGUGGACCUGUAGUUUUACAAGAGAAACAGGUUGUAAAGUACUUUAAAUCCUGAAAGAGUUGUACAUGUAAGAACUGUGAAUAUCAGCUCCUCUGGGUCCUGCUUACCGCUCACUGUUUUUUUGGUCUGGUCAAAUCAGUGGUUUGUGUAUAGAUUUCUUUUUUUUAAUUUAGGAUUAAAGGUUUUAAACUGGAAGGUAAUAAUUAUAAUUUUGAAAACUUUUUUGAGAUUAUCACAUUUAGUUUAUACAUAUGCAAGAAAGCUUUUUGUCUUGUCUCUUGACAGCCCUAGCAGUUUUCCUGUUUUGGUCAUAGUUUCAAUAUUUUAACGUGAAUUGUAGGGUUUCAUGCUGGUUUCCAGAUUUUAUUGUUUGACUGUGUACAAUGGAACUUUAAGUCAUAUAUACAUAUAUAUAUAAAUACAUAUAUAUACAUAUAUAUUAUUCUAAGGGGGGAAAUGUUAUAUUUUUCUGUUUCUAUAAGAGAUGAAUACAGUGGAUACUUUUUCUAUUGGUAAUGAUUGAGUUCACCUCUUUCAGAAGACAUUUUCUUUCUCUUCUGAGUAAUUCAAAUAAAAUCUGGCCCUUGUGAAACCCUGGAAAUCUUGUCUGUUGAAAUACCAGGUUAAACACAUUCCAAGAGAUUUGAAGUUUUUUGUAUACUUCUAAGGUGCCUGAGAAAAACACAUGGUUAUUUAUGAGAAGAUGUACUUAUCUUGGAAAUUGUGUUCCAACAGUAGCUUACUAUGUUGUAGAACGAAUGCUUCUGAAGCUGACAUGAGACCAUCUCAAAGAACCAGGCAGGUUCCUUGACUUUUUGCUUGCUUUUCUGAACAUUGUGAAUAUUACGCAUUUCUUUCUAAAUUAUUCUAGAGUAUGCAAAUGUCGAUGGUAUGAAACACCACUGUACUGGAAGAAUUAAUAUAUUGCUUUAGUAAUGUACCUGAGCUAAUUGAGGCGUUAGAGGUGCAUAGAAACCACCAUAAUUUGUAUGACAUUUUGAAGUGAAUUAAAUAUUUUUGAACAUGCUUCUUCGACAGCCAGUGUUAUAUUUUUCAAAUCAACACAAAGCACAAUGAUUACUCUAAACUCAAUAUUUUCAAAUUCACAUAUUUAAAGUCAUGUGAGCUGCAACUUCCCUGUCAAAAUUACUGGCUGCCAAAUUUAUACCUGUUUCCUCAGCUGUACUUUUUGAUAUUAGAAUUUUUAAAUUUCUGUAAAGUAGAUUUUGUAGAAUGUAAUGUGUUCACUGCCUUUGUGAAGCGGUAUAUAAUUGUAUAAUUUCUGUGUGUAAACUUGGCUUGGGCUUUCAAUACAGUAUUCAUAUAAAGCAAUAAAUAUUAAUGUUAUGAAAUAUUGGAGUACAUUUUUAUCAAAAUAUAAGAGAACACCUUUUUUAGUUUCAGAUACCUGAAGUACACAGAUAAACUUAUAAAACUGAUGCAAAUAAUUCCUGACACUAUAUCAUAUGCUUUUGGGCCGUUUGGAGGGAAACCACAAAAUUUUGCGUUUAAUCAACUAAAAUUGCUAUGACUAAAAUUACCAGAAUGAUUUGGCUCCGUGAAAGUUUGUAGGAUAAUAUACUACUGAUUAACUUGACUGUCAAAUUCACAGCAGCUAGAUAAUAUAUUUAUGAAUAUGUCUUAUAGUUGAAAUAAAAACUGAAUAAUGAGUCGCUGUACUCAAGAGGGAAGAAAAAAUGUAGAUUUUUCAAAAAUUUUUUGCAAAAAAUGUUAAGAUGAAGCUAACUCUAAAUGUGACAUUCAUUUGUAGUGACCUAUUAAUUUUAUCAAGGGAUAUUUUGCCAAUGAGAACAAAUUUUAAACAUUUUAAGUUUAGAAAUUCUUGAAAUUUUCUUUAGACUAUUUAUGAGAUUAUUGUCAAUAAACCUAUUCUUUAAGA